AGAAACAUGACAGAACUGAACCUUCAAGAUAUAUUUCGAGGAUCGUCAGCAAAAGAAAUAGACUAUAUACAAUAUGCUAUCUAUUUGCCACUAAAAGAGUCAGAUCAAGCGACGUUAAGUUAUUUGCAAGAUACAUUAGACGUAGUCUACUCGAUUAUUCAACCCAUCAUUGAAGAUUACAUUUGGCAAAAAGAUAGAUUUCAACUGUGCAUUGCCUAUGAUCAAGAUCAAGAUCCCUCCUAUCCUUUUUUGUUUGGUGCAACUCGAUUUGGUGAUUGUAUUAAUGAUGAAUGGCUGAUUGUCUAUCUUCUACAAAAGAUCUCGAUCGAGAUUCCUGAAGCAGUGAUCUCACUCCAGGAUAAUGAUGGUGAUGUGAUCUUGAUCGAAGCAGCUCUUUACCUUCCUACCUGGCUCGAUCCUUCCAACAGCCAAAACCGCGUGUAUUUGUAUCAAGGCCAAGUCCGUAUUAUACCUCUUCCUAAAUCACCGGCUGAUAUCCUUCAACUCAGCACAGGUCAAUUGAUGCGCCAGAAAGCCAUUGACUAUGUACGUCGACAUGCCAACACACAAGCUUCUGAACCUAUUCAGCAAUCGAUUCGUGACCGUGUGGAUGGAUAUCCUGCAGCAGCUCAACAAGAAAUACAUCGCACACGAUGUAUUUUGCCUCCUAAAGCUGCCUUUGUAUUAUUGUCUGAACCUCAGUUGAUCACAUUAGCCAUCGAAGCAUUUUAUUUACGAGAUCCUAUCUCCAUGAAAGCGUGUGCUGCCAUGAAGACAUUCUCUCCUUUGGAAGGCUCGACAGAGACCACUAUCAAAUUCACUAGGACAACCUACGCACAGACUGUCAGCCAAAAGUUUUAUGCGCCCAAGCCGUUUCGAUUGCCUUCCGUAAAUGAAAAGAACAAGUUUCUAUCAGCAGAGAUGGGCAUGAAAGUAGCGUGUGGAUUAGAAAUGUUGUAUUACAAUACACAGCAUGAAAACGAGGAUCAUACAAUGGAUACCUAUGACUUUGAUCAUGAUAAGAAAUAUGUUGCUUAUGUAGCCCAUUUGACACAGCUAGGUUACUUUAGAGACCAGAAAAAGGGCUCUCAACUGUAUCAAUCACUCGAGAAACAAGCUAAAAAACAAUAUUUGAUAUACAAGGCACAAGAUACGGAUAAUUCAAGACGAAUUGUUUCUUUAAGUGAUUUAGAUGUAGAUGACCAAGACACAUUUAAACAGAGUCAACUGUUUGGCUCUGUCCGACAAACCAUAGAUAGAUUAUUAGCUGAGUAUUCACCAGAAGCAUUACAUGCAUUAGUUGCAUCCGCUCCAGACAUACAAGACAGUGAUGAUUGGAUGAAUGUGGAUCCUCAACAAUUAGAAGAACUAUUGAUGAAGCGUAUGGGCAACAUGAAUGAACAAAUGAUGGCAGAUUUACAACAAGAUGUGGGUGGUGAAGUUGAUCUUGAAAAGAUGAUGUCUAGUUUUGAAAACUUUGUAGAGAAAAAGAGUGGUAUUGAAGGUGUUGAAUUCCCUAGAGAGAACGAAGAAGAAGAUGAUGAUGAUGAGAGUGAUGAGAGUGAAUAUGAAGGCGAUAUUCAGUUUGACAUGAAUACAUUUAUGAAUAUCCUCAAGGGUAAUUCUCAAAAUGAAGCAUUAUCUCAAGUCAUGGAAGAAAUGGAUCAAGAAGUCUAUAGUCAUGACAAGAUCAGUGGUUCGUUUGCUAAACUGGAAGAAGAAGAAGAAGAUGAAAGUGCACCCGUAGAUGUUCAAUUGAACUUGGUCAAGAACGUAUUAGAGAGUUUCAAGAGCCAACAAGGCUUACCAGGUCCAGUAGGUAAUAUGCUUGGACAAUUUGGGUUUGUACUUCCAGGCGAUAAUGAAGAAGAAGAAUGAUUGU